AUGGCUGGGUGGACCUGGCUGAAUGGUUUCAGGCACCGUAAUCCUACGAUAUCCUUACGAUCACCUGAGAGUACUUCUGCGGCUAGAGCUAGAGCUCUUAACAAAGUGCAAAUUGACAAAUACUUUCAAAUGCUUUCUGGAGUGUUGGAUCAUCAUAAAUUCCUGCCGAAUGAUUAUUGGAAUAUGGAUGAAACAGGUAUCACCACCGUUCCUUCGAAGAAUACAAAAGUUUUGGCCACCAAAGGCUAUCGGCCGUUUGCUGUAUGA